UUGUAAAUAGAACUUCGAAGCAGGGGUUCAGCACAGGGGGUCCUGGGCAACACAAGUAGACAAAUACGACAGAUAUGAAGGCAGGCAGGAUAUUUCGGGCGGCUGCCGUGGCAGCACUGCAGAUGGCGGCGGUGGUGGUGCAAGGACGAUCGACACGCAACAGCGAAGCGCAGCUGUCUCGGUAUGAGUUUCUGGCAGACCCGGUAGUGCACCGGUUCACAGCACCUCAGCAUGUGUCGAAGCGGUUCGACAUGAUCGACGACGGGACAUUCCACGUGGAGCUGCAGGCAUACAACACUACAUACACACUGGUGCUGGAGCCAAACCACGACCUAUUGCACCCGGAGGCUGAUGCAGCACCGGACGCAGCAGGACGGCACAAUCCCGUGUUCCGGGAUGCAUCGGCGGGCGGACGGGCGGUUUUGGAUGGAGUGUUUUCGGUCAACGGCGAAACGUUCUACGUGAAGCCGGCCAGCGCCUACACAGCCACCAAGCGCGACUCGGACCCGAUGCUGGCCAAUGCGUAUGCCCGGGAUCGGCGCAUGCGACCAGCAACGUGCGGGGCGCAGCGGCUGGGCGGCAAGGCGGAGGCACUGAAGCCAGGCGAUCCGUUCUAUGCGGUGCGGACGCGCAGGGACGCGGUGCGCGGGCUGUUCAAGCGCGGGACAAACACGACGCUCUGGACGCCGGGAUGUCUGCCGGUGCGCAAGAUCCUGUACAUGGGGGCGGCGGCCGACUGCACGUACGUGACGCGGCGCCGGCUGCAGAUUCUCAGCGACUGGAACCAGGCCAGCGCCGUAAUCGAGGAGCUGACGUGUCCGGACCAGAUCGACAACAAAAAGGCAUGGAACCGCGCCUGCAGCGACCCCGCGGGGCUGUGGCAUCUGAUGACCAACUGCCCGACUGGUACUGAGGUUGGCCUGGCGUGGGUCGGCACCAUGUGUACCACUGGCACGUCGACGCUGACGGAGCAGGGAGGUGUGUCGUCGGGCACCGGGCGUUGGAAGGUCGUGGCGCACGAAGUCGGCCAUAACUUUGGGGCAUCGCACGACUGCACCAACCAAGAGUGCCCGUGCUCGGGCAACGCCUGCAACUCGUGCUGUCCGUGCGCCGACGGGUGCGACUGCAAGGGCCGGUAUCUGAUGAACCCGACCAGCCCCGUGACCUCGGACGAUUUCAGCCCAUGCUCGGUCCGCAACAUCUGCAAGACCAUCAAGUCCACAGGCGUGCAGUGUCUGCAGGACCCAGGCGGCCGCAGCAUUCUAGCCACGGCCAUGUGCGGCAACGGCAUCAAAGAGUCGGGCGAGGAGUGCGACUGCGGCUACCAGCGAGGCAUGCAAGAACGACCCUGCGCCGACGCCAACGAUCUGUGCUGCAACCAGUGCAAGAUCCGUCCCAAGGACUCGGUGUGCCGCGCCAAGUACUCCGAGUGCGACAUUGCCGAGGUGUGCGAUGGCCAGUCCCCGACGUGUCCAGACGACCGUCACGUGAAGGACGGGACCGGGUGCAGUAACGGCUCGCUGAAAUGCGCGUCCGGCCAAUGCACGUCGCGCGAUGCCCAGUGUGCAGCGCGCGGCGGCUCCGACGGUCUGACGCAGCGCUGCACUAUCAGCGUCGGCGGCGACCCCCUAGGCAUGUGUGUUUUCAUGUCUGGGAGCUUCACCGACGGCACUGAGUGUGGCUUCCACGCGCAGUGCCGGUCAGGCAAGUGCAAGGGCGAGAACUGGUUCUACCAGUUCCUGCUGCUGUUCCAGCGCAACCUGGCCAUCUCCAUUCCCGUGGCCAUUGCCGUUGGUCUGAUCCUCCUGUGCAUUAUCUUCAGCCUCUGCUGCCGCUGCCUCUCGUGCUGUACCGGAUGCCGCCGCCCGAAGAAGGCUCCCCCGCCCAACCAGUACUUCCAGCAGCCGCAGUACCCGCCACCGGCACACUACCAGCCGCCCGGUGCAUAUAGUGCACGGCCCAAUGGCUGGGUGGACCCGGCUCCCGUGGCUCACCCAGAGACCUACCAGAUGAACGUCCUGCGCAGGGACCCUCCGCCCCGUGGCGACUCGCGCGCAUACACACCGCAUUUGGCCGCACGCACUUCCCGCGGUAUCUCCGACGCCUCCACGGUGAUGGGCGGCAACAUGGCACCCAAGCAUGGCCACCGCACGUCAUCGCUGGGCCUUCUACAGGCGCAGCGGUAAAAGCAUACCCUUUCCAAAUGUACCAUCUAGAGAACCAAUAUACUCCUUUUCUAUUUCGCAUUUU